AUGGCUGCACUGAGGGAUGUCAGGAGGGUGGGCCCAAGAAGGGCCCAGCAGGAGGAGGUGCCUGAGGGGAGACAGUGGGUGGGCCAAGAGGAGGGUUCCCUGAUGAGGGCUGCACCGAAGGGUGGCAGCGAGUUGAGAGGACAGGCGUACAUUGGGGCCGGCGAGGGACGUGGGUGUUGGGUGGGCGCAGAGGACAGCGGGCGGGGCCGGCUUGGGAAGCGGUGUCCGCCAGGUCCCCGUCUCCGCCGUCCCAUGUCCCCACUGCCCCUGUCCCCGCAGCGGCCCCCUGUCCCCGUCCCCACUCCUGUCCUGGCUGCACGUCCACUGUCCCCGGCCUCUCGUCCCAGCCCCCACGCCUUCCCCGCCCUCUGUCCUCCUUUAACCCGGCUGCGCACCUCUUACUGCCCACCCCUGGCGCCCACCUGGGACUGCCCACCUCAGAGCCUCUGUGUGCGCACGCGCAUGCGUGUGCAAGCUGCUCCACAGAAGUGCACUGUCUGGCCUCGGAAACCCAGUGAGCGUCAGCUGAGAGUCGGCUUGGGCCCCACUGCACUUGUUGGUGGGGAGUUUGACUUGGAGAUGAACUUUAUUAUCCAGGAUGCUGAGAGUAUAACGUGUAUGACAGAACUUUUGGAACACUGUGAUGUAACGUGUCAAGCAGAAAUAUGGAGCAUGUUUACAGCCAUUCUACGGAAGAGUGUUCGGAACUUACAGACGAGCACAGAAGUUGGCUUGAUUGAACAAGUGCUGCUGAAGAUGAGUGCUGUGGAUGACAUGAUAGCAGAUCUUCUAGUUGAUAUGUUGGGGGUUCUUGCCAGCUACAGCAUCACGGUCAAGGAAUUGAAGCUUUUAUUCAGCAUGCUGCGAGGAGAAAGUGGAAUCUGGCCAAGACAUGCAGUCAAGUUAUUGUCAGUUCUUAAUCAGAUGCCACAAAGACAUGGGCCUGAUACUUUUUUCAAUUUCCCUGGUUGUAGUGCUGCGGCAAUUGCCUUGCCUCCUAUUGCGAAGUGGCCUUAUCAGAAUGGCUUUACCCUAAACACUUGGUUUCGUAUGGAUCCAUUAAAUAACAUUAAUGUUGAUAAGGACAAACCUUAUCUGUACUGUUUUCGUACAAGCAAAGGAGUGGGUUAUUCCGCUCAUUUUGUUGGUAACUGCUUAAUAGUCACAUCACUGAAAUCCAAAGGAAAAGGCUUUCAGCACUGUGUGAAAUACGACUUCCAGCCACGCAAGUGGUAUAUGAUCAGCAUUGUUCACAUUUACAACCGAUGGAGGAACAGCGAAAUCCGGUGUUAUGUGAAUGGACAGCUCGUUUCCUAUGGUGACAUGGCUUGGCAUGUUAACACAAAUGAUAGCUAUGAUAAGUGCUUCCUUGGGUCUUCAGAAACUGCUGAUGCCAACAGGGUGUUCUGCGGUCAGCUUGGGGCUGUGUACGUGUUCAGUGAAGCCCUUAACCCAGCCCAGAUAUUUGCCAUUCAUCAGUUAGGACCUGGAUAUAAGAGCACCUUCAAGUUUAAAUCUGAGAGUGAUAUUCAUCUGGCGGAGCAUCACAAGCAGGUCCUGUAUGAUGGGAAGCUUGCAAGCAGCAUUGCCUUUACCUACAACGCAAAGGCCACGGACGCGCAGUUGUGUCUGGAGUCAUCACCAAAAGAAAACGCGUCCAUUUUUGUGCAUUCUCCCCAUGCGCUCAUGCUGCAGGAUGUGAAGGCUAUAGUAACACAUUCGAUUCACAGUGCGAUUCACUCCAUUGGAGGGAUUCAGGUGCUUUUCCCACUCUUUGCCCAACUGGACAAUCGGCAGCUCAAUGACAGCCAGGUGGAGACGACAGUUUGUGCUACUCUCUUGGCAUUCCUGGUUGAACUACUUAAGAGUUCAGUAGCCAUGCAGGAACAGAUGCUCGGGGGAAAAGGCUUCUUAGUCAUUGGCUACUUACUAGAAAAGUCUUCACGAGUUCACAUCACCCGAGCUGUGCUGGAACAAUUUCUGUCCUUUGCAAAAUACCUUGAUGGAUUAUCUCAUGGAGCGCCUUUGUUGAAACAACUCUGUGAUCACAUUCUGUUUAACCCAGCCAUCUGGAUACACACUCCUGCAAAGGUUCAGCUUUCCCUGUACACAUAUUUAUCUGCUGAAUUUAUUGGAACUGCUACCAUUUACACCACCAUCCGCAGGGUGGGAACUGUGCUACAGCUAAUGCACACCUUGAAAUAUUACUACUGGGUCCUGAAUCCUGCUGACAGCAGUGGCAUUGCACCGAAAGGACUAGAUGGUCCACGUCCGUCCCAAAAAGAAAUUAUAUCAUUGCGGGCAUUUAUGCUACUUUUUCUGAAACAGCUCAUACUAAAGGACCGAGGGGUCAAGGAAGAUGAACUUCAAAGUAUAUUAAAUUACCUUCUUACAAUGCAUGAGGAUGAAAAUAUUCAUGAUGUGUUACAGUUACUCGUGGCUUUAAUGUCAGAACACCCAGCCUCUAUGAUACCAGCAUUUGAUCAGAGAAAUGGAAUCAGAGUGAUCUACAAAUUAUUGGCUUCUAAAAGUGAAAGUAUUUGGGUUCAAGCUCUGAAGGUUCUGGGAUACUUUCUGAAGCAUUUAGGUCACAAGAGGAAAGUUGAGAUCAUGCACACCCACAGUCUCUUCACUCUUCUUGGCGAGCGUCUGAUGCUGCACACGGGUACCGUAACGGUCACCACCUACAACACCCUCUAUGAGAUCCUGACAGAGCAAGUGUGCACGCAAGUUGUCCAUAAACCACAUCCAGAGCCAGAGUCUACCGUGAAGAUCCAGAAUCCAAUGAUUCUUAAGGUAGUGGCGACUUUGUUGAAAAAUUCCACGCCAAGCGCAGAGCUGAUGGAAGUCCGGCGUUUGUUUCUCUCUGACAUGAUAAAGCUUUUCAGCAACAGCCGUGAGAACAGAAGAUGCUUACUGCAGUGUUCAGUGUGGCAGGACUGGAUGUUCUCUCUGGGCUACAUCAAUCCUAAGAACUCCGAUGAGCAGAAGAUCACCGAGAUGGUCUACAACAUCUUCCGGAUCCUUCUGUAUCAUGCAAUCAAAUACGAGUGGGGGGGCUGGCGAGUCUGGGUGGACACCCUCUCCAUAGCCCAUUCCAAGGUCACGUAUGAAGCACACAAGGAGUACCUGGCCAAGAUGUACGAAGAGUACCAGCGUCAGGAGGAGGAGAACAUCAAGAAGGGCAAGAAGGGCAGCGUGAGCACCAUCUCGGGCCUCUCCUCGCAGACCGCCGGGGCCAAGGGCGGCCUGGAGAUGCGUGAGAUCGAGGACCUGGCUCAGAGCCACAGUCCAGAGAGCGAAACGGACUACCCCGUGGGCACAGACACCCGGGACCUGCUCAUGUCCACCAAGGUGCCGGAGGACAUCCUGGGACAUUCGGACAGGCCGGGGAGUGGUGUCCACGUGGAGGUGCAUGACCUGCUGGUCGAUAUCAAAGCGGAGAAGGUGGAAGCAACUGAAGUCAAGUUGGACGACAUGGAUUUGUCUCCAGAGACGCUGGCGGGAGGUGAGAACAGUGCCCUGGUGGAGGUAGGGUCCCUGCUGGACAACGUGUACAGCGCCGCUGUGGAGAAGCUGCAGAGCAACGUGCACGGCCGUGUGGGCCUGAUCCGGAAGAGGGAGGACGAGGACAACGGCCCGCUGAUCACGCUGGCGGACGAGAAGGACGAGCCGCCUGGCAGCAGUGCCGCGUUCCUCUUUGAGAAGCUCCCCAAGCCGGAGGAGAAGCUGCUGCCCGCACUGUCCAGCGCGCACAUCAUUCCUCACAUCCAGGACACGCAGGCGCCCCUGGGUGUGGGCGACGAGCUCGGGCUCCUGGCUCACAUGACCGCCAGCAUCAUAGAGGACAAGGAGUUCAAAAUCCACACAGCGUCCGAUGGGAUCGCGGGGGUUUCCGAGAGGGACCUGCCGGCCCCCGCCAAGGCCUUAGAGUAUGCCGAGAUGACGGCCACUACUCUGGCCACGGAGUCUUCAGGCGGCAAGGUGGUCCCGAACAUUGACGGCAGCAGUAUUGUCUCUGACACGGAGAGGUCGGACGACGGCAAGGAGCCAGGGAAGGAGGUCCGCAAGAUCCAGACCACCACGACCACCCAGGCUGUUCAGGGCCGGUCCAUCACACAGCAGGACCGCGAUCUGCGCGUGGAUCUGGGCUUCCGAGGGAUGCCCAUGACAGAGGAGCAGCGGCGCCAGUUCAGCCCUGGGCCGCGCACCACCAUGUUCCGGAUCCCUGAGUUCAAGUGGUCACCCAUGCACCAGCGGCUGCUCACGGACCUGCUGUUCGCACUGGAGACAGACGUGCAUGUGUGGAGGAGCCAUUCCACGAAGUCAGUAAUGGACUUUGUCAACAGCAACGAGAACAUUAUUUUUGUGCACAACACAAUUCACCUCAUUUCCCAGAUGGUGGACAACAUCAUCAUAGCCUGUGGAGGGAUUCUGCCUCUGCUGUCAGCCGCCACCUCGCCCACGGGUUCAAAGACUGAACUGGAAAACAUUGAAGUGACCCAGGGCAUGUCAGCAGAGACAGCUGUGACUUUUCUCAGCCGCCUGAUGGCCAUGGUCGAUGUACUUGUGUUUGCCAGCUCCCUGAACUUCAGUGAGAUUGAAGCAGAAAAGAACAUGUCCUCUGGAGGUUUAAUGCGACAGUGUCUGAGGCUGGUGUGUUGUGUUGCUGUGAGAAACUGCUUAGAGUGCCGACAGAGACAGAGAGACAGGGGCAGCAGACCCUGCCCGGGGCUCAGCAAGCCACCGGAAACCCCCCAGGGUGCCAGUGCCACCACCGUGCCCAAGACUCCACUGGAAAGUGUUCCAGGGAACCUGUCUCCUAUCAAAGACCCAGAUCGCCUGCUUCAGGAUGUGGACAUCAACCGCCUUCGUGCCGUUGUCUUCAGGGAUGUGGACGACAGCAAGCAGGCACAGUUCCUUGCCCUGGCCGUGGUUUACUUCAUCUCGGUUCUGAUGGUGUCCAAGUACCGGGACAUCCUGGAGCCCCAGCGGGAGACAGCCCGUGCCGCCCAGUCCAGCAGGAGCAUCCGCCAGGAGAUCAACUCACCCACCAGCACAGUUGUGGUCAUACCCUCUAUCCCUCAUCCAAGUCUGAACCAUGGAUUCCUUGCCAAGUUAAUUCCUGAGCAGAGCUUUGCCCACUCAUUUUACAAAGAAACACCUGCUUCAUUUCCUGAGACAAUAAAGGAGAAAGAGCCCCCGACCACUGGUGAAGACAUUCAGCUGGAAAGUUCAAUCCCUCACACAGAUCCGGGCAUCGGAGAGGAGCAAGUGGCCAGCCUCCUGAAUGGUGCAGACCUGGGGCCCAGCACUGGUCCUGAUGCCAUGGGUGGGCUCUUGUCCACAUUGUCUUCUGAAGUGAAGCAGUCACAGGAGAGCUUAGCUGAGCAUCACAGCGAGAGUUUGAAGCCCGCCCCAUCCAUCUCCAGCAUCAGCCAGACCAAAGGCAUUAAUGUCAAGGAGAUCCUCAAGAGUCUCGUCGCUGCCCCAGUGGACGCAACAGAUUGUGGUCCUGAGCCCAUCCCAUACCCAGACCCAUCGCUCAAGAGGGAAGCGCAAGCCAUUCUUCCUAUGCAGUUCCAUUCCUUUGACAGGAGUGUGGUGGUGCCCGUGAAGAAGCCGCCCCCCGGGAGCCUGGCUGUGACCACCGUUGGAGCUGCCCCAGCUGGAAGUGGCCUGCCCACAGGCAGCACCGCUAAUAUAUUUGCUGCCACUGGAGCUACACCAAAAAGUAUGAUUAAUACAACAGGUGCGGCGGACUCCGCUUCAUCGGCCUCGUCUUCCUCCUCAAGCUUUGUGAAUGGUGCUACCAGCAAAAACCUCCCAGCGGUUCAGACGGUGGCCCCGAUGCCUGAAGACUCGGCCGAGAACAUGAGCAUCACUGCGAAACUUGAAAGAGCUCUUGAGAAAGUGGCUCCUCUUCUUCGUGAAAUCUUUGUGGACUUUGCCCCAUUCCUGUCUCGCACGCUGCUUGGCAGCCAUGGGCAGGAACUCCUGAUAGAAGGCCUGGUGUGCAUGAAGUCCAGCACGUCCGUUGUGGAGCUUGUCAUGCUGCUCUGCUCUCAGGAAUGGCAAAACUCAAUUCAGAAGAAUGCUGGCCUCGCUUUCAUCGAGCUCAUCAAUGAAGGGAGGUUGCUGUGCCACGCCAUGAAGGACCACAUUGUCCGGGUUGCCAACGAGGCUGAGUUCAUCCUGAACCGACAGCGAGCCGAGGAUGUCCACAAGCACGCGGAGUUCGAGUCCCAGUGCGCCCAGUAUGCGGCCGAGCGGAGAGAGGAGGAGAAGAUGUGUGACCACCUCAUCAGUGCGGCCAAGCACCGGGACCACGUCACGGCCAACCAGCUGAGGCAGAAGAUCGUCAACAUCCUCACCAACAAGCAUGGCGCCUGGGGGGCAGCUUCUCACAGCCAGCUGCACGACUUCUGGCGUCUGGACUACUGGGAGGAUGAUCUGCGGCGGCGGAGGCGGUUUGUGCGUAAUGCGUUCGGGUCCACACACGCAGAGGCCCUGCUGAAGGCAGCCAUGGAAUACGGCACGGAAGAAGAUUUGCUCAAGUCCAAGAAGACCUUCCGGAGCCAAGCCAUCGUCAACCCAAACACGGAGACGGAGUUGAUGCUCGAAGGUGACGAUGACGCGGUCAGCCUGCUGCAGGAGAAGGAGCUGGACAACCUGGCAGGACCCGUGGUUCUCAGCACCCCUGCCCAGCUCAUUGCCCCGGUGGUGGUGGCCAAGGGGACACUGUCCAUUACCACCACGGAAAUCUACUUCGAGGUGGACGAAGACGAUGCCGCGUUCAAGAAGGUCGACACAAAAGUUCUCGCCUACACGGAGGGACUUCACGGGAAAUGGAUGUUCAGCGAAAUCCGAGCUGUCUUUUCUAGACGUUAUCUCCUACAGAACACUGCCCUCGAGGUGUUCAUGGCCAACCGAACCUCGGUCAUGUUUAAUUUCCCGGAUCAAGCAACAGUGAAGAAAGUUGUAUACAGCUUGCCGCGAGUUGGAGUCGGGACCAGCUACGGCUUACCGCAGGCCAGGAGGAUCUCACUGGCCACCCCACGGCAGCUGUACAAGUCAUCCAACAUGACACAGCGCUGGCAGCGCCGGGAGAUCUCCAACUUCGAGUACCUGAUGUUCCUCAACACCAUAGCAGGACGGACAUACAAUGACCUGAACCAGUACCCCGUCUUUCCUUGGGUGUUAACCAACUAUGAAUCUGAGGAACUGGACCUGACGCUCCCAGGAAACUUCAGAGACCUGUCAAAGCCAGUUGGUGCUUUGAACCCUAAGCGAGCUGUGUUUUAUGCUGAGCGGUACGAGGCGUGGGAGGAUGAUCAGAACCCACCCCACCACUAUAACACGCAUUAUUCCACCGCAAUGUGGACCUUAUCCUGGCUUGUCAGAAUUGAACCCUUCACGACCUUCUUCCUGAACGCCAAUGAUGGCAAAUUCGACCAUCCGGACCGAACCUUCUCGUCUGUGGCCAGGUCCUGGAGAACCAGCCAGCGGGACACUUCUGAUGUAAAGGAGCUGCUCCCAGAGUUCUUCUAUCUGCCUGAGAUGUUCGUCAACAACAACGGGUACAACCUGGGCGUCAGGGAGGACGAGACCGUGGUCAACGACGUGGAGCUCCCACCAUGGGCCAAGAAGCCCGAGGACUUCGUGCGGAUUAACCGGAUGGCCUUGGAGAGCGAGUUUGUGUCCUGUCAGCUUCACCAGUGGAUCGACCUCAUCUUUGGCUACAAGCAGCGAGGCCCAGAAGCCGUCCGUGCGCUCAACGUCUUCCACUACCUGACCUACGAGGGCUCCGUGAACCUGGACAGCGUCGCCGACCCGGUGCUGCGCGAGGCCAUGGAAGCUCAGAUCCAGAACUUUGGACAGACGCCAUCGCAGUUGCUCAUUGAGCCGCACCCGCCUCGGAGCUCAGCCAUGCAUCUGAGCCCGCUCAUGUUCAAAGAUCAGAUGCAGCAGGACGUGAUUAUGGUGCUCAAGUUUCCCUCCAACUCGCCCGUCACCCAUGUGGCGGCCAACACGCUGCCACACCUCACCAUUCCCGCCGUGGUGACCGUGACCUGCAGCAGGCUCUUUGCAGUGAACAGAUGGCACAACACCGUGGGCCUCAGAGGAGCCCCGGGGUACUCACUGGAGCAAGCCCACCAUCUCCCCAUUGAAAUGGACCCACUGAUCGCCAAUAACUCCGGGGUGAACAAGCGCCAGAUCACGGACCUCGUGGACCAGAGCAUCCAGAUGAAUGCACACUGCUUCGUGGUCACCGCGGACAACCGCUACAUCCUCAUCUGCGGCUUCUGGGACAAGAGCUUCCGGGUAUACUCCACAGAGACAGGGAAGCUGACCCAGAUUGUCUUUGGCCACUGGGAUGUGGUCACGUGCUUGGCCAGGUCGGAGUCCUACAUUGGCGGGGACUGCUACAUCGUGUCCGGGUCCCGAGAUGCCACCUUGCUCCUGUGGUAUUGGAGUGGCCGGCAUCACAUCAUCGGUGACAACCCCAACAGCAGUGACUAUCCUGCACCCAGAGCCGUCCUCACAGGCCAUGACCACGAGGUUGUCUGCGUGUCCGUGUGUGCAGAGCUGGGACUUGUUAUCAGUGGUGCUAAAGAAGGCCCCUGCCUGGUCCACACCAUCACUGGGGACUUGUUACGAGCCCUCGAAGGACCGGAGAACUGCCUAUUCCCACGCCUGAUCUCUGUGUCCAGCGAGGGCCACUGCAUCAUCUACUACGAACGUGGACGCUUCAGCAACUUCAGCAUCAAUGGCAAGCUUCUGGCCCAGAUGGAGAUCAAUGACUCCACACGGGCCAUUCUCCUGAGCAGCGACGGGCAGAACCUGGUGACGGGAGGGGACAAUGGUGUGGUGGAGGUCUGGCAGGCCUGUGACUUCAAGCAACUCUACAUCUACCCUGGCUGUGAUGCCGGGAUCAGAGCCAUGGACCUGUCCCAUGACCAGAGGACUCUGAUCACAGGGAUGGCGUCCGGCAGCAUUGUAGCUUUUAACAUCGACUUUAACCGGUGGCACUAUGAACAUCAGAACAGAUACUGA